ACCCUAAUUCUAUGGCAUUAGCCUGAUUAAAUAAGAACUGAAGCAUGUCCCAAGAGUCAAGGUUAAAUGAAGAUCACAUCUGUAUAGAUAUGAUUCAGAAAUAGUUCUGGGACUUGAUGAGAUGAGGCGGAGAUCUUAGCCAGCAAAACUCAGCGCUCUUUAGAAGUAAUUUAUCAGUAUUUGUUUUCGGUUUAAAACAAAACUAGAUAUGGAAGGCACAUGAAAAUGAUUUCAAAUGCUUAUUUAUAGUUGUAAUUUUGUAAUUUUAGAAAUUGUUGUAAAAAAAUGUGCCACACUCUAAGGAUAUGUUGCAAACACAAUUGGUAAAGCUCUUACAGUUAGCUGAACCAAGAACACCAAGAGGGGCAACAGACGACAGAAGUGUAAUUGGCCAUCCAAGAGCAAGAGUUCUGCCACCACCUCUAUUUUCAAAACGAUCAUCUCCAGAAUCGGAUGAACAUUUUGAUGAUCCCUAUGACGUUAAAUUCUCGACAUUAAAUCAUCAAAUGAAAAGUUCUUUUACUGAAAGAGGAAAUACAGAAACACGUUUCUUUUGGAUGAUUGAUCAAAUGUCGUUCAAUCAACUUUUUCGACUUUAUGCAAGAUUUGGUGACACGAGUAAAAGUGGAGAAUAUAUGACACUCACUUGUAGCGAUAAAUGGUUAAGAAAUGCUAAAGUAUUGGACAAUAGAAGAGUAACUACUACUGAUACGGGAAUUUAUUUCAAACAAAUUGCAAAAUUUAAGAAGUCUCUCAAUUUUAAGACUUAUCAAGAGUUUCUAGAGUUUUUAGCUAAAAAGAAAAAUCUCAAUUUUAAUGAAAUGAAGUAUAAAAUGGUGACUUGUGGUCCACCGGAAUCAUACAAAACGACGCAAGUGGAUAAUCGAAAAUCAGUGCAUCGUGCCAUUGAACGCACAAGAAAGAACAAUCGUCAUUAUUGGAGAAGAGAAACAAAGCGAAGAUAUGAGGAUUUUUUCAGCAAUUGUCAAUGUCAACAUGGUUACAGUUCUCAAAUAAGUUACUGUUUUCCAGAUGAUUUGCCAGUGAGAAAUGACACUGAAAAUGAUGAAGAUUGGUUCCCAGAGGAAUGAAAACGCAGAGUUUGAACUAUUCUUGAUUAAUCGUUAAUUUCAUGAAAUUUACUUUUAAGUACUAAAGUAUUUUCUUGAACAAUGACUAAUUGCUAAUUUAAUAAAAUUUACUUUUAAGGACUAAAUUAUUUUCCUGAACAAUGACUAAUUGUUGAGUUAAUAAAAUUUGUUUUUAAAGACUUAAUUAUUUUAUAAAUUUACUUUUAAGGACUAAAUUAUUUUCUUGAACAAUGACUAAUUGUUAAUUUAAUAAAAUUUACUUUUAAUGACUAGAUUAUUUCCUUGAACAAUGACUAUUUGCUGAAUUUUUAUACAUUCUCAUAGUUUUCAAAAUUUAUAAUGGAAGAUUUUUCCUAAUGGAAUUGAAAUAACAAUUAAACGUUACGUUUAAUAAAGUUUACUUUUAAGGACUAGAUUAUUUUCUUGAACAAUGACUGUUGAAUUUUUAUACAUUCUCAUGGC